UCGCGUGUUGCGUCGCUGCUGCGCUGGGGCCAGCCCCCGGCGGACGCGGGGUGACUGCCGGGCAGGUGACCGCGCCGUGCCCGGGGCCGCCCUGGAGCAGCCCCCGCCCAGGCCCGGGGCGCCGGCGGCGGGCCCGGCGUGCGCGGCGCGGAGACCUGGCCUUGCAGGCAGGGUGGGCGGGGGGCGGACGGGCUAGCUCGCUGGCGGCCCGCGACUCCUCGCGCGCUGCGUGGCCUUUUCCUCCGCGCUCCUGAGCGUUCUGCUCCGGGUGGCGGCGGCCGCCGCUCCGGGGCGAUGCAGAGCGCGGCCGGCCGAAGAAGCAAGAGUUGGCGCAGGUUCCGGGCCGCUCCCCUCCCUCGCCGCUCGCGUCCCGCAGGCUGCUAAGUUGGCUAUCACAGCGCAAGCCUUGGAGUCCCAAUGGGGGACUCAGGAUCAAGACGAUCUACCCUGGUCUCCCGGUUGCCAAUAUUCAGAAGAAGUAUUAGCAGAAGACAUGAUUCUCUUCCUUCUUCACCCUCCUCCAGUAAUACAGUUGGUGUCCACAGUUCCUCUCCUUCCAGCACUAAUUCAAGCUCAGGUAGUACAGGUAAACGCAGGAGCAUAUUCCGUACUCCUUCCAUUAGUUUCCACCAUAAGAAAGGAGGUGAACCUAAGCAAGACACUACCAACCAGAACCUUAGUAUUUCAAAUGGUGCUCAAUCUGGUCAUAGCAGUAUACAAAAACUGAGUUUGGAAGAACAUAUUAAAACCAGGGGAAGACAUUCUGUUGGUUUUAGUAGUUCACGAAAUAAGAAAAUAACGAGAUCCUUGACAGAAGAUUUUGAAAAGGAAAAGGAGCACUCAACUAAUAAGAAUGUCUUUAUAAAUUGCCUAAGUUCUGGCAAAAGUGAAGGGGAUGAUUCUGGAUUCACAGAAGAACAAACUCGUCGUUCUGUUAAGCAGUCAACAAAGAAGCUACUCACUAAAUCUUUUUCAUCUCACUAUAAAUUUUCUAAGCCAGUUCCACAGAGCCAAUCCAUUUCAUUGGUACAACAGUCUGGAUUCUCAUUGGAAAUUACACAGUACCAGGAGAGAGAACCUGUAUUAGUAAGAGCUUCUCCAUCUUGUUCUGUGGAUGUAACAGAACGGGCAGGAAGCUCUUUACAAUCACCCCUGCUUUCUGCUGAUCUUACAACAGCUCAGACACCUUCAGAGUUCUUAGCCUUGACUGAAGAUUCUGUGUCUGAAGCAGAUGCAUUUCCUAAAAGUGGAAGCAUGGCAUCCCACUGUGAGAACUUUGGCCACAAUGAUUCUACCUCUCAGAUCUCUCCCAAUCCUGCUGCUGUUACAAAGACAACAAUAGACCUUAUGGGAACUGUUCCCUGUGCAAUUAUGUCUCCUGGGAAAUACAGGUUAGAAGGCCGAUGUAGCACUGAAUCUAAUUCCUUACUAGAAACCUCUGCUGCUAAUCAGAAGGAAGUGUUAUUGCAAAUCACUGAACUACCUGUUAUGAAUGGGAACAAGUCAGAGACUCAUCUAUCAGGAGAUAUGCAAAGAGAAGAACAUAAGGUAGUACAAAAUGGUGAAACAAUGUUGGCAACAAGCUCUCCGAGGAAACUUGGAUUUUAUGAGCAACAUAAAGCAAUAAGUGAUCGUGUUAAAGGGAUUCAUCCUAUUUCAGAUUCAAGGAUAAUACCCUCUUCUGGUGAUCAUCAUAUUUUUAACAAAACAUCAUAUGGAUACGAAUCAAAUCCUGCCAAAGUUCUUGCCAGUAGCUUCAGUCCAUAUCGUGAAGGGAGAUUUAUAGAGAGGCGAUUGCGAUCCUCAUCUGAAGGAACUGCAGGGAGUAGCAGAAUGAUUUUGAAACCAAAAGAUGGAAAUGUAGAAGAAGUGAACAGUCUAAGAAAGCAAAGAGCAGGUUCAUCAUCUUCAAAAAUGAACAGCAUGGAUGUUUUGAAUAAUUUGGGAUCUUGUGAACUGGAUGAAGAUGAUCUAAUGCUUGAUCUGGAAUUUUUAGAGGAACAGAAUCUUCAUCCUUCAGUUUGCCGGGAGGAUUCAUACCACUCUGUAGUCUCAUGUGCUGCUGUGGUCCUUACUCCUAUGGAACCAACCAUAGAAAUGAAGAAAAGAGAAGAACUAAAAUUUCCUGAACCUUCCAAACAGAAUCUUUCCCUGAAAUUAACAAAAGACAUUGAUCAGGAAGUCAGGUGUUCCCAUAUGAGCCGAAUGCCCCCCAGUCCAUCUGCAGAUUGGCCCCUGCAAGGUGUGGAAGAAAAUGGAGGCUUAGACUCUCUGCCUUUCAGAUUGAUGUUACAGGACUGCACAGCUGUCAAGACAUUAUUAUUAAAGAUGAAGAGAGUUCUUCAAGAGAGUGCUGAUAUGAGCCCAGCAAGUAGCACAGCUUCACUUCCUGUUAGUCCUCUUACUGAAGAGCCCUUGCCUUUCAAGGAUAUAAUGAAAGAUGAAUGCUCAAUGCUGAAGCUGCAGCUGAAAGAGCGGGAUGAACUCAUUUGCCAACUUCAGGAAGAGCUGGAAAAAGUCCAGCAUUUACAGAAGGCUUUUGCUUCAAGAGUAGAUAAAUCCACACAGACUGAACUUCUAGGCUAUGAUGGUUUGAACCUGAAAAGACUGGAGGCAGUACAAGGAGGGAGAGAGGCUACAUAUCGAAAUCGAAUUGUGAGCCAAAGUCUCAGCACAAGGGACAGAAAAGCAAUGCAUACUCCCACCGAGGACCGUUUUAGAUACACAGCAGCUGACCAGACAAGCCCCUACAAAAGUAAGACCUGUCAACUAUCAAGUCUAUGUUUAAGUAAUUUUUUGAAGGACAAGGAACUAGUGGAAGUUAUCAAACACUCAAGAGGAACUUAUGAAACCCUCACAUCAGAGGUCACCCAGAAUUUACGGGCCACUGGAGGGCAAAACUCUCUGAAGCCAACAGCUAAGACCGAAGGGCCCUCUGCCUUCUCAGAGAAACCAAAGGACCCAGCUGUUGUGGCCCGACAGCAUUCAACAUUCACAGGAAGGUUUGGACAACCACCCAGAGGGCCAAUCUCUUUACACAUGUACAGCAGGAAGAAUGUUUUCCUCCAUCACAAUUUACACACCACGGAGCUGCAAACUCUAGGCCAGCAGGAUGGGUAAUUAAAUCACCCUGUUCCCGUCUCUGGGUAGGGUAAGGAUGGUUAGUGUUUCUCGUGCAUAGCUCACAUUUAAAUUGUCACAUUCUUACUACUUUUUUAUUUUUAGUUAUAAACAAAGAAUUGUGCACUUUUUUUUUUUUUUUUUUUUAGAAUGAAGGUUCAGGCAUGUUAAUUGAAUUAGGUUUAAUAGCAUUGAAGACAUAUAUAUAUAUAUAUAUAUGUGUUUAUAUAUAUGUAUAUAUAUAAACAUAUAUAUAUAUAAACAUAUAUAUAUAUAUACAUAUAUAUAUAAUAAAUGGGACCAUCUUGUUGGUUUAUAUAGUCCAUAAUUUAUCUUUAUCAGUCACUUAUCUGCAUUGACGUUUCAGAAGGUAAUAUCAAAUAGCACUCUGUUUACUUAAUGGUGUUACUGUGAAAAUAGACGUGAGGAAUAAAUAGGUAAAGGAACUGUAAAGAAUUUUAAAUUACAUAGUUAAUAGAAGGAGAAGAAAAGAGGGAUUUUAAAGUCUUAUAUUUGAUGUGUAUUUAUUUCAAGAAUGAAGCUUGCUUGCAUGUAACCUAGAGACACAUUUGUCUCUCUAUUACAUACAUUCAAGCUUAUCUUGCCAUACUAUUAAGGGGGAAAUGGCUAUUUCUUUUAUCCUCUAAAUGUUUAGUUCAUACUGGUUCACAAAGGAUUUCAGACUGAGUAAUUGCUAUCCAAAUAGAGAAUGACAGCUCUGAUCUUUGAAAAAUUUUUGCUUCCCAUUUUGCUAUAGAUGUUGAAAUAGUAUGAUAUAACACAGUGAGGUGGUAAAGUUGACUGAAUUUUGUCAAAUGAUGCAUAAAGCGUGACAUGCUGUACUCUUUGAGUCACUGUCAUGGCAGUAUCAGUGUAUUUUUUAAAAUAUGAAGGAUGGAACAUUCUAAGAAAACCAUUUUAUUUCACUUUCUUUGUAUUUUUUUAACAUUUUCGCUUAUUUUUAUGUAUGUCCAGUUUUGCCCAUUGCAUAUCAAUGACUCUACAUGAUGAGUUGAGGAACAGAAAGUCAGUUUUUUGGUAGCCCAGUAUACACUAUUCUGACAAUUCAGUCAUCUAGAUUUAGAAGAAAAAGUAAAAUAUAUGUCAACUUUGGCAAUUUGAUCUUAGAAAUAAAUCUCUAACAGAAAUAUUUAAAAGUCAUUUGACGGGAAACACUUUUCUUUAACAAACAAGGCCUGAUAUGUUUUAUACUUAAGUGCACAUGAGAUAGAUCAAUAAAUCUAAACAAUUACUUUAUGUUUCAUUAAUCACAGAGCUGUAUGCAGCUAUAGAAAUAAAUAAGUAAAUAAAUAAAUUAAAUAAAUAGAUUUAAAACAGUAAGAAUCAGGGCUGCAAUUUUCUUGUACAAAGAUAAAAGCUAGUAAGUUUAUCCACAUUAGGCAUAGUCCAUGCAAAUUGACGUUGUCAUACGUACUGCAUGAUCUGUUUCCCUUGCAUUCUUUGGAAGAUAGAAUCCAUCAGCAUGUACAAAUGAAAUGAAUAAAGGGAAAUUAAGAUAGCAGUUUUAGCAUGGCAUCUGACUAAUCUGCUUAAAUCGAAGCUGUGUAUGAAAUGCAUCUCUUAAUACAAAAAUGGGUUUGAGCUCAAUACUUUGGGGAAAAGCCACUACAUUUCCCCCAGCUUUAAUGAUUAAACUUUGAUAAUUUUUUACACUUUGAUUUGAAUUGGUAAGAGUAAAGAGUCUAGUGGAAAUGUUAUGCUUUUAAUUAUGAUUUUCCAAAGGAAGGUACAUGUGCAUCAAGUCAAAUGUUUGCCAAACGUUUUGUUUCUUUGUGUGUUUGUAAUUCUGCCAAGAAAACAAUACACACAGAAAUUUGCUCGGCUUAAUGAGACUGCUAUCUAAAACUCCCCCCAUACUUCAGAUGCUUAAUAUUCAAGCAGAUAUACAUUCAGGGCUGGGCAAUAUUUAAGAAAUGAUAAAAAUUAUGAUUAUUAAUUGUGGAACUCAGCUUCAUUUCUCCUGAAUGUUCGUGUGUUGCUAGAGUAUUUGAAGUCUGUAAAUAAAUUAGCACGAUAAAAUAAUCAAGGAUUUUUUCCCAGGAUAUGGAAGAACUAUGUAUCACAAAUAAUGUUUUUGAUUUGGACUUUUGGAGUUUAUAGUUUUGUUUUCUUGAAAGAUAGACUUUUGAAUUAUGCUUUGUAAAAAAUAGUCUAUUUAAGAAAAUCUGUCAUUUAAUAGACAUUUUAAGAGAUGUUUUAAACACUAGUAUUUUCUUGAAAAAUCUUUUUUAAAGCUGAAACAUUCAAAAAGAAAACCUGGAUUCAACAGUUCAAUUUUAAAAGGAGGGGUAUUUUUUGGAAAUAUCAUCUUAAAGCUGUUUUGUAUCAGUAUUUUCAGCAUUGUUAUAAUAUUAUUUGUAAUACUAAGUGUAACUCAGGCCUGGAGAAGGUAUAAGCCCACUAUGCUAAUGUACAUCAGUAGCUGUAAAACAGGGGUCCUUUGUAAGUUCCUCUUGUGUAUAUAUAGUAACUCGUAACAAUGGCGUGUGGGCAUUCUUUCAGCAAACUGAUUUCUUUGUACUAAAAUCUCUAGUUUUCUAAGGCAGUUCCAUGUAUAAAAAUGAUUUAUACAUUUCUCCAAGGCGGUACAUAUCCAAAGACAUGACACCAGGGGGAAAAAGUGCUUGUUUUUCUGAUGGAAGCAGUUGUCUUUUCUUUCCCUUCCUCUUUCUUCUGUGCAUGUGUGUGUGUAGCUAAGCCUAAGCAAUCCUGUAAAACUUCUGCUGCAAAUUGUCUCUUCUGAAUUUAGAAUGUGUUUCAAAGGACAGUUAAGAAGAGAUCUUCCUUGAGGAAAAGCUGUUUCCACCUGAAAUAAACUGUUCCCAUUUUUGUAAUUGUUGAAACAUGCAACUCUUUCUAUGAACUCAGUGAUUUUUUUUGAAUAAUUUUAUAUGCUAACAGAGUCAUAGCAAAAUUGUGGAUUAUCUCUCCAACUAUUUUUGCUUCUUUGGAGCACCGUAGUCUUUGUGCAAAUGACACCAUAAAACUGUAGCUGCAAUGCUAAAGGUAUGAAUCCACCAGUAUCAAUAUGCUCAGGGUAAGAACCUAGAGCCACACAUUAUUCAACUUGUUUUUGUCACUUAAGGAUUGACUUAUAAAUAAAAUAGCAAGCCUCUAGUCAACAUUAAACAUUUGUAGACAUGUCCAUACUACCUAAUUUAAAACGCUUACAAAUUUUCAUGAUUAUGCUGGGUUUGUAAUCUGUAUUUUCCAAGGUUUAAUCCUAGCCUGUUGUCAUUACUUCCUGAGUGUUACUGAAUUCGAAAAAAUUCAUUGAAUUCAAGGGAAAUUUCACCUUUAAAAUUUCUUACUUAUGUGUGUUUAAUAGAGACACUACCUUCCCCUCCCCCCACCCGAGGUUGAUAGUUUUAAAUUAUCAUGUAUUGAAGGACUACAUCCCCAAGAUAAAUAACUGCAUUCCACUGGUCCUCCCAAGAACUUUCUUACUAACUUACCUGGUGAUGGAACAGUAACAGCAAUUUAUUGAAUGGCAAGUAGUAUUUCUCCACAUUCAUCAUCACCUUACCCAUUAUCAAAAAUAUUAACCCAUUACAGUGAGUAACUUGGCAUACCGAGUAUAAUCUUUUAAUUAUAAUCUAAUAAUCUCAAUUUUGUCCCACAUUUUCACUUUCAGAAUUGUACAUUUUGCAUAUCUAGAGAACUAGGAAGCACUUCAAAGCAGCCCUUACAACUUCAUGUGGUUCAAAGUAGAAAUAGAAAGAGGAAUAUCUAAAAGUGCUGUUUGUAAUUGCCAUCCAUGUGAUUAAAUCACAUCCCCCAAGGUGGAGGCUUUUCCCUGGGUGAUACAUCUGUUUAAAUGCAGUACCAAUUCAUUUAUACCAAGAGUUUAAUUGCAUUCUGGGGGUUGACUCUAGGCAUUAUCAACAGGUCUUUUAUAUUUUUGUUUGUUUUCUUGUGUGUUUAGUAUAAGAAACAGGUAAUCGUUCAUUAGGUAUUCUUUGGAAAUUUAUACCUCCUGGAAUUUAAACUUUUUUCGUAUCUUGUUCAUUUUCCAUGAGCUAACUUUGUCAUGCCAACUCUAGGCUAUAUCUCCACACAUGGCAGGGAUCAUAGAAAAUAUAAGCUGUUUGGGGUCUUAUACAAAGCUAAAUUACAAUAUGGCAGAAGAGCAAACAGCCAACUAUCAACCAACCAAAGAAGCCUGCUCCUCUAACAUACAUCAUCACCAAAUUUUUUAUUUUUCAAAUCUUAAGCUGUGCCAAGUUCUUUCACCAACAGUCAGAACCACAAACAUAUCGAUAAUCUGUUUACAAUAAAUUUGAUCUUGCUCAGAACCCAGCUGCAGUUCCGCAUAGAAUAGGCUGAAAACAAAACUCAAAGAUACACCUUCCAGUUGGUUACAUAUGGAAAAGAAGGCAGGAUACCCUAUUUUAAGACCUGGAGCAUUUCCCACAAAAUUGUGACACAACUAAAAAUUCCUAAUACAGAGUGGGUUUUCUGACCUGAAUAAAUGAUCUAGAAUGUGGAAUAUCAUGGUUCUUUCUAGGGAAGUUUCAGUUCAGUCCCUUUAACUUUACCAGUUUAAUCUACCAAACAUACUUUUUCUUCCUGAACAUAAAAUUCAAGAAAAGGAGCUUCUACAUCUUACCAUCCUUUCCAAACAUUACCUCAUUGUUUUGUAAGCUCAGGUUAUAUAACAAAAGACUAUAGACUGGGUGGCUAAAACAACAGACAUUUCCCAUAGUUCUGGAAGCUGGCAAGUCUAACAUCAAACUGCUAGCAGUUUCAGUUACUGCCGUGCAGACAACUGUGUCAUUCCUGCUAUGUCCUCCUCUUUUAAGGUCACUAAUCCCAUCGCAUGGCUCCACCAUCAUCUAAACCUAAUUAUUUUCCUUCCAAUACCAUCACAUUGCGGUUAAGGUUUCAAAAUAUGGCUUUUGGGGGUACAAAAAAAAAACCAUUCCAUAGCAUUAAUUUUCAGUUUACAACAACCUAGUGAGGUUGCUAUUGUUUUACCCAUGUCAUAGAUCAAAAAAGGUAGGUAAUUUCCCAAGUACAUACAACAUGCAUGUUUUAUUGGAUUCCAUAACCCUUGAUCUUUCCAUUUAUACUAUGCUUACCUCUAGAGCAGACUCCCUCCCCAGGAAGCAGAGUGAUUCAAGCAAAUAAGCCCUCAAUCUCCUUUAGUCUUAAAAUUCUAUUCAUACUGCUAGGGAAGAAAAUCUGAGCAACGAUCUAUUUUAGCAAAAAAAAAAAAAAAGCUACUCAUUUGGAAGCAUUUUUAUAACAGUUAUUGAUGUUUAAAUCAAUAAAUAUAGAAUCCUGAGAGGAAAGCACUUACUGUAUUUAAAGUUUACCUCCUAGAAAAUCUGACAUCCUAAAUUUCUUUUCUUGAAGGCAAUUGGAAAAAAUACAUAAUUUUAUGUUGUAUAUUUUUGAAAAUAGAGGGCCAAUGAAGUAUCUAACAUAAGCAAAACAUAUGAUAGAUGAAAAAUAAUGUAGUUUUCAGAUUAUCUUAUUUCUUUCCAUAAUUUUCUGAGGACAUUGAUACAGAUAUCAUUGAAUUAAAUACUUUUGUGUUCUUUAUAAACAUCUAAAUAACGAGAUCUUUACAAAUUAGUCUGGAUAUUUCCACAUAGGGACAAAAAUUACAGCUGAUUAAAAGUUUCUUAAAUAUUUGGAAGGAGUUGAAAUAAAAUGGGAAAUGCAAAUUUAUUCAUCCUGAAUUUUUAAAUAAAAAUACAUUUUAUAAUUAAUCAUAUAUACCUAAAUUUCUGAAUAAAAUAUAAUCUCUCAUUAAUCAUCUCUUCCAAAAUCUUGUUUUCAAGAAUCCAAAAGAAUUUGAAUAUUAACUAGACCCUAUAUUUAGAGGGAAAAAAUGUAUUCUAAUGUACAUGGGCCUGAGUUUAACAACAUAACCAUAUUUUCUAUUCUCUAAAAAUUUAGUAAAAUAAUAAAUAGCAAAUUACUCUGGAAAUUAUAAUUUUUAGCAAUAUUGAAUGCCAUAGUAUAAUUUCUUUUGUGGCUCUUGAUUUCCCAAUAAGAGAAUGUGAUUAAUGGAAAUUUCACCAUUUGACUACUAUUCAGAGAAAAAAUUGAUGCACUUAAGCAUGAUUAGAAAAAUAUGCAUAAUUCCUGUGCAAAAUAAAAUUUAAAACAACAAGUA